UCAAUCUCUGUUGCAUUUGUAUGUAUGCAGUUUAUCCUGAAGUUCUGUGAGUUCUGUGGUAUACUUAAGCUACGUGCGUACUGUUAUUUUGCAUUAACGUUCGUUGAAGCGUAGCGAUCGUUAAUUAUAAUUAAACGAUCAAAUACGCGUAGCUGAAUAUCGUAGAGAAGGUGUAUUGAUAUUUAAAUUGGGAGAGGAGUUCAAAACAUCCACCAGGAUGACAGUCAUCACAAAGGCCAUUACCGAGAAAAAGACGGACAAAAUGGAUCAACCGUUGUUUGUCGAAGAGAACGGAACGGAAGACACAAAGAGAGAUCCAGAAGCACAACGUCAGAAAACUAAUGUGGGGGGACAUUAUUUUGUCUCCAGAAGGAUCAUACAUCGUAUGCAUGUCACUGCAAUAUUUAUGCUAUUUCUUGUUGCAUUAAUGAUUCUCAUAAUUGGUGUUAUCGGUGGUCUGUAUAUAUACAGGCAAUAUGCUCGCACACAAAUGCACAGAUUUAGAACAGGAUGGUAUAGUAUUCCGUAUGAUAGUUCGAACAAAGCACCGAGUAACAAUAAUGGCAUUCAUCAAGGGUUGUUAGCAGAUUCAGACUUGUUUAAAAGCCUGAAAAGAGCCUCAGAAGCACAGGAGGUGAUUGAUAAUGAGAAAAAUGUGGAUUCUGAUAAUAGGAAAACCACCUUCAAGGAGCGAUUCGAAAUUGAUUUGGUAAAUGAGAAUUAUGAAAAAAUUGAUGUGCCAGAUUUCCGUGGUGGACGUCAAGGCCGGUUCAUUCAUGAUUUUAAUAUUAACAAAACUGGGAUCAUUGAUAUUGAUAGGCAGUGCUGCUUCGUAAUGCCGUUAAAUCGUCAGCGAGUGUUACCGCCACGCAAUAUGUAUGAUCUCCUUAGGAAAAUGUAUAACGGUUACUAUGAAGUAGAUACGGAAAUUGUCAAAGAAACAAUGAAAGUAGUACUACCGCCAAUCACUGAUUUAUCUCUUGUUGGAACACAUAUAGCUCGCGAGUGUCAAGAUUUACCAAUAUAUAUGUUAACAAAAGUAAAUUCAAAUGUUGUCAAACGUAGCAUAUCAAAUAGUGUGUUCGGACAAUUUGCAGGAAAGAAUAUUGUAGAAGUGAAUAUUGUGAAUGCAGAAGAUAUUGAUGGAUAAAAACAAAGUUUAGAAAAUCGAAGAAAAGGAAUUUAUAAUUAUUCGUAAUAGAAUAUUUACUACCAGUAGAUCAAUGUAUAAAACUAUUAUCCAGUCCACCAAACUUAGGUACAUAGUUCGUAAAUAUCCGGAAAAUAAUUUAUAUCCCCGUCAAUUGCUCUUUCUUUAAAAGUUUUUUGAUUAAUAGCUACUCAUUCUUAAGGGGAUACUCUAGUGUAACUGCCUGCUAUUCAACGCUAUCUUUGAGAAUUUAUUUAACAACAACUAUAAGUUUAUACUGUGUAGCAUCUUGCUUGUAAUUUUUCGAGUUUCUUAAUUGCACAUAUACAUAUCAUAGAUAUAAUCGGUGAUGCAAGUUUCUAAAAAAAGAAUUUUCCGUCGGUACACGGUGUGAGAACUGUAGUCACUUAAAAUGGGAAAACGAAGAUUUAUUUUCUUUAUUAUGGUCAUCCCUAUGGUUCGAACCACGGAAGCCCCUUAAAAAUACAAAUUAGUAUAAUAACAGUAAACUUAAUCUUUUGCAAGAUCGAAACUCGUCCUUGGUUGCAAAGUCUUGUGUCGAGAAAAACGCGUUUAACGUUUUUACUUACCGCCACGUAGUAUGGGAGGAACUACCUUUAAACCUCUACACCUCUGCUAAUAAUUCGAAUUUUAAAGAAUCGGUCUACAGAAAUAUUUUUUACGUCAAAAACCACGAGAUAAUGUAAAAAAAUUAUUAUUUCGGGCCUUUACACUAGAGUAAGAUCCUCUUAAAUGUACAUUCAUUUUCAGGCCAGUCUUAAGUCUUCCCACCAUUGCCUACCUUAGUUCUGAAUCAAUAAAGCUGCAAUAAAUCUAAAGUACAUUAGCUAAUGUGUAUCUGUUUAACGUCUCAUGAGAGUUUAAUUCAAUAGCAAACUAACUAUACACGGCUGAUAUAAUUAAAGAGCUAUUGCGUUUUAGCAUAGAGGUUACUUAAGUCCCAUGAAACGUUGAUGGUGCUUGUUAAUAAGGUAGAACAGCAUAUUCUUCUCUUGUUUGUUCACUUCUUACGCUUAAGUUCUUUAAUACGCAAUUCUAGUAACAUACACUCAGCGAGAAAAAGAUGGCACACCCGUAAAUAUUGCUAUUUCUUAAAACUGUGAUGAAAUUCUAUAUGUUUCUCUCCGUGUAUGAACUUCGGUGGAGCUUCAAGGUUACUUCCACCGGUGGAGUUAAGCGGAGGUUACAGAUUCUAGUCUAAAUGUAAACAAUCGGGGUCACCGACGCGACAAAAUGAUGGCACAGUCUUAAAAUUCUUAUCUUCUAUUGAAAUUACACUUUGGGUAAAAUUUAUAAAAAGAAAUAUG